UGUGGGAGGAGCUUACAGGUGCAGGCUGUGUGGCUGCGGCAGGUGCGGGGGCGACAGUGAUAGUUCAGCGCCGACUCACAGCGGGGGCUUACGGCAAAUCAUUAAGCGGACACCGGGACAGACAGACUGCAGAGCCGAUCUUAAGGAUGGACUCUUCUCGUUUCAAAAGAGGACAGUGGGCUUCCCAGUCUGUCAGAGUCACAGCGAGAGAGCUGUCCCUCGUGAAGCCGAAGAAUGCUGCCAUUAUGGAACGUUUCUCCAAGUAUCAGAAGGCUGCCGAGGAGGCAAAUUUAGACAAGAAAAAGACCAACACAGAAAAUCUACCCCCAACAUAUAACCGGGGGUCCUUGACUGUAUUAAGGAAGAAGUGGGAGGUUCCGGGGACAGCGGCGCGGACAGAACCUAUACAGACCGGAGCGCCUCUGCAGAAACAGAAGGUCAGCAGUCCUCACGUGGAAUCGGUGACUGCCGAUCAUCCCGAAGUCAGCACCGCCGGCAAGGUCCGUUCACCGGUCAGGGAACAAAGCCGUUUCCGCUACCCCAGUGCCACGGAGCUCACUUCUCACUACGCCGAGGAUCACAACAUGGAGCCAAAUCUCGAGCCGGUAAAUUCCGAAGUCCCCGAGCCUUCUCCCAAAAUUGAGAAGUUUAAUGUUCCGCUGAACAGCCUGAAGAUGAUGUUUGAAAAGGGUGAAGCUGCCAACGCGAAGCAUCCUCAGCGGGAGCCCGGGAAGAUCAAUGUGGGGAGAAUUUCAGAAAACCGCUUCUCCAGCGAGGACGCCGAUUCUUCUUUCACCGAGAAGAGUUAUUCGGCUUGCAGCUCUCCCGACAGCAGUCCUAGUAAGCUCACGUCUCAGAAAAGCCUGGAGAUUGCUCAUGUUCUGGAGACCACUUCCCUGAAGGACAGAAUGGCUAAAUACCAGGCAGCGCUGAUCAAGCAGACAAAGCCCACCUCACCUUCGCAGAAUGAUGUGAAAGCCGUUUGGAAUGAUGUGAGAAAUCAAAACUCCGAGCAAAAGGAGAACGUCCCUCCUAGCCCUCCACGCGCAGGCUUGGCGUUUGAGCAUGAAAAGAGCGCCAACAUCGAGAACAGUGCAGUUUUAUCCAGAAACCAUUCAGAAAUUAAUGGUCAACAUGAGGAAGAGAUACAGAGACCAAACAGCUCUCCUGGGCUCAGCCCCCAAGUAAGGGCAUUGAACCAGCUGGAGAGCACCCCUUCCAAAACUGCAAAGAAGUUUCAGCUUCCUGCCCGAGAGAUCUGCUUUGGUUGUCAGAAGACGGUAUAUCCCAUGGAACGCUUUCUUGCUAAUCAACAGGUCUAUCAUAACAGCUGCUUCCGCUGUUCCCACUGCUCCACCAAACUCAGUCUUGGAAAUUACGCCUCUUUGCAUGGAAUUGUAUAUUGCAAGCCUCACUUCAACCAGCUCUUCAAGGCCAAGGGAAACUACGACGAAGGUUUCGGUCUGAAACCACACAAAGAACUUUGGGUGAGUAAAACAGAUACCAGUGACAAUGAAGAGAACUCUGUCCCGCCUGCUAACACCACUGGAGACCCCAGUAGCCCCGUUGUAGAAGAAGCUCCGAUUGCAAAAGUUGGUGUUUUGGCAGCAUCUAUGGAAGCCAAAACCGCUAGUAUUGCCCAUGAGCGUGAAAAGCAAGUGGAAACCAAAAAGCUAAGAAUUGCCUGGCCUCCUCCCCCUGAAUCCACAGGUGCUGGAGGCACGCUGGAAGAGAAUAUUAAAGUUUUUAAACCAAAGUGGCCACCUAGUGAUGACAUUCAAAAAACUGAGUCUGAGGAAGACGCUGACUUGAAGAAACUAAGAAGGACCGCUUCACUAAAAGAGCGCAUUCGUCCGUUUACAUUAUCUGUGGCAAAGCCACUGGAUAACCAAAGCCAGAAGGAAACGGAUAAUGUUUCUGUGCCAUCUCCAGGAUUGAAAAGGGCUAAUUCCUUUAAACUCAGGGACAGGUGGAUAAGGGAACCAGAGGAAAAGAAAAAUACGGAAGACGAGAAGCAGAGUUUACAGCAUACAAGUGAAAGCGACGCUGCGUCUAGGGAAGCUGAAGCCAAGGAAGACGUUUCCCCAAAUGAAGAAGAGCAGAGCUCCUUCUCCUUAGAAAAUGGUGACAGUUCUGAAGUGGAGGUUGUUGAUCAGCAUCUCUCUCCAGAGGCGUCACCCCAGUCAAACCACUCAAGUCUGGAAGAUCUCGUCCUGCCUAAAGAAACGUCCCCGACGGAGAAUCGCAGGUCCCAAGACAUUGGUUAUUGGGAGGGAGAAGAAGUGGAAGAGCUUUCCGUGGAAGAACAAAUUAAGAGAAAUAGAUGCUAUGAUGAUGAUGAUGAAGAUGAAGAUGAGGACGACUAAUUUUACGUAUUACUUUUAUGCUGUUCGGGGCUCUGCCUUACGUUUCUUAUAAAGGUGAUCCCUUAAUCUUGUAAAGUUAAUCUUUUUAAGCCUUUGUUCCUGGAAACUUUUUUUUUUUUUCUUAAAAUAUUUUGAAACCUUUUUUUUUCCCUUGGCAAAAAUUUGAUGGAAAAUUGUGCAAAGGAUUUAAAUAUUUCACUACAAAUCUGACUUUUUUUGGAAUACUUUUUUCUUCUUCAAAGGCAAAGAGUCUCUCUGGACAAACCGCGGGUAAAGCUAAGGGGCAUCCUGGAUGUGAGAGAAAGUGUUUGUUGGUAAAGCACUUUUUGUAUUUAAGAUUUUCUACAAUGUUUUGAAGGUAAAAGAUGCUGUGGUCUGUUCAUUGUAUUAAUGUGUUUGAAUCUGGUGAAUGCUUUGUAACUGGAACGCCUCAUGGUGGGGCUGCCAGGUGUUUUUCAAUGUGCAGACAUCUUUCUUUUCAGAAAAUGUUUAAUCAAAUCCUUUAUGCUAGACCCCUGCUUUCGGGGACCUAUAUCCAUAUUUAAUCACUGUAUGUUUGAACAAACAGAGAACAUUGGAUAAAAAAGAUUCCCGAUAUUUUUAAUAGCAAGAAAACUCUUCGUUCAACCCGCAAUAGGUUGCACAAUAGAGUCGGGUUUAAUGCAAAUUGUUCGGGGUCAACGUAAUAUAAAAGUAUAUUAACUGGAAAACCGAGAACCUUUAGAUUUAGUUAUGCUAGUCACCAGCCCUCAGUGGGUCAAGUGCAAUGUAAAGUUCCUUUAUUAUACUUUACUAUAACCUAAAACAGGAUUAAAUAAAAGAAAAGGUAACUGGAAUUAAGUAAACCAGGGUGAACGCAUUAUACGUAACACAAUUUUGCACUGGAAGAGUUUGAGACGAUACAGACCUCUAAGCCGAGGGUAGUCAGAUGCGAUCCCGCGGUGUUUGGGUUAAACUGCCGUCGUCCCGCGGAAGCCCGUAGCACAGCUGGUGCUGCCCAACUUCAACUGCCGCUACUUUCUGGGGCUUUUACUUCCACAGCGUUUGGAAAUCUUCCUGGUGGCGUUUCCUUCUCGCAUGCGUUUGUAGUUCAGAAAGUACCAGAGCGCAGAAGCCCCUGAGCUUAAACUAUGCAAUAUUUAAAGAGACGUCCUAAACAUUCCUCGUCUGCUGCUCGAUAACGCGUCUGAUUGUUAUUCAGGAUAUUCCAACAUUAUUUUUUAUAUAUAUUUACUGGAUACUUACAUUGUUAAAUGAUGGAGAACAAGCACACAUGAUGAUUUUUCAAUGGUUAUUUUACAGAUGCUCAUAUUAAACACUAAUACAGAUAAUUCUAGUAAGGUACAUAGGAAGUUCAUGAUUUUAGUAGGAAUUCUUUUUUUAUAUAAAAAUAUUUUACACAUUAAAAUACUGAAGGCUGUUAUGAAUUCUGUUUGAGAUGCAUCUUGUUUUUCUGAUUUGCUGAUAUUGAGCUGGUACUGUAUUUUAUAAAGGUGUAAUAUAUUUUGCUUUCCAACCAAUCUGAAAAUAAAGACAUUUUAUUCGCAA